AGUCAGCAGUCCCCACCGUUACAGUUUGUGAGAAAAGAAGAGCAAAAAAGCCAUGCAAAAAUUGCAAAUUGCCAAAGGUGCAAAAUCCUCUCAGCCCAAAAACAAAACAGACCAAAAAAGCCAAUCCCUUUGUCAUCAUUGAGCCAAUAGCCAUUUCCUGACACAAAUCAUCAUUGAACAUCUCUGCCAUCAUCCUAUUACAUUACUACUCUCCUUUUUCUUCUUCUUUCCUCUGUCCUUCUGUUUCUCUCUUUCUCUCUGCUAUAUAAUGCAGACAUAUAUAUCUAUAUCACUAUUUAUAUAUCUCAUAUAGCUUUAGCUUCCGACCUAUAAUUUUCCCCUCUGUUUUCUACAGAAAAAGGUUGGGAAAAAAGAAAUGCUAUAAACGAGGCUCUCAGGCCAAGGCCAACUACAACCCAUCUCAGAUCUUUCUUUGUAGAAUCCAAUCCAGAAUCUGCUUUUUUAUAUAUAGAGUCAAAGUGUUAUUUGUGAAGGGGUCUGAAAAGAGAAAGAGAAAGAGAAAAAGCAGAGAGAAAGUGAAAGAAGGGGAGAAGGAAAUAUGGGUAGUGGUGACAAAGAAGAAGAUGGUUUGAAGCUGAGUUUAAGCUUGGGAUUUGGAGAUGAGAGUGAAAAACAUCAUCAUCAUCAUCAUCAACAACAUCAAAAGAAUAACAAUAACAAUCCAUCUACUCCUUUGGCUUUCCCAUUGAAUCUCAUGCCUUCUGGUCUGCCCAAUUUCAUGCACCAACAUCAUCAACAGCAGCACCAUCAGCUCCAAAAGGGAUCUUUCUUAGCCGAUGUGUUUCGAUCAUCUUCUGACAGAAAUGGGGCUGAACCCAGAACACCAACUCUGAGAGGAAUUGAUGUGAACAGGCCGGCAACAGGGAUAUAUAAUUACGAUGAAGAAGUAAUAGUUUCAUCACCAAACAGUACUGUAUCAAGCGUGAGUGGUAAGAGAAGUGAAAGAGAAGAAAAUGAGGCUGAGAGGGCGUCGAGUUCUAUGGAGGACGACGCCGGAGAUGCUUCCGGCAGGAAGAAAUUGAGGCUAUCGAAAGAACAAGCAGCACUUCUCGAAGAUACAUUCAAAGACCACCAUACUCUUAAUACGAAGCAGAAACAGGCAUUAGCCAAACAGCUAAAUCUGAGGCCUAGACAAGUAGAGGUCUGGUUUCAAAACAGAAGGGCAAGGACAAAGUUGAAGCAAACAGAAGUUGACUGUGAGUACUUGAAACGUUGCUGCGAGAAUCUGACUGAGGAAAACCGGAGAUUGCAGAAGGAGGUGAAUGAGCUCCGGGCAUUGAAACUAUCUCCACAUUUCUACAUGAACAUGAACCCUCCAACCACCCUGACUAUGUGUCCACAAUGUGAACGAGUCGGUGUCUCAUCAUCUUCAUCGUCAUCUGCUGCCGCAGCAUCGAGUUCAACAGCACCAACCAGCACGGGCGCUGCUCGCAAUCCUAACCCAAUGCCGGCACCUAACCAACUGCCAUUGUCACUAAACCCCUGGGCUACAAUCUUUCCCAAUCCAACACUUGACAUACGCCAACCCGGAUCAUGAUUUUGAAUUUCGAGCACACUGUCCUGUGCUUCAAAAGGUUAACAAGAUGAUUUCUAGGUUAGAUGUUGAUGUAACUACAUUCCCCUGGACCUGUUCUUCUGUUAAUGUAGAAUAUUUUGAGGCCUGUAUAACUGGCUUGUAAAGUAACAACCAGUUUCUCAUGUUAUCUUAGUAGUAGCAAGUCGUAAAUCAGUAGCUGCGUGUUUCUUUUCUAAAUACUGGUUUAUAUCAACUACCAAACAUCUGAAACAAUAAAAGUCUAAACAGCCAAUAUUGAUUACAGACAUAAUCAACGAUAACAACAAUAACAACAACAACAUGCCUUUUUUCCACUUGGUGGAAUCGACUAUAUGGAUCAUAUAGAUGUAAUUAACAUAGUUUGUAAUAAACCUAAUAAACCUGUGGGGAGAUUAUUUUUGGUUAUUCUCUGGGUAUUCAUCGCCAACAGCGACUAAAUCAUCUUGCUGAAUUUUGGGCACUUUUGAGGAGAUUCUGAAUUCUGCAACUUCCUUUUUGAAUUCUGCGAGGAGAUAUUCAACACUCACAACAGUGCGUUCCGGACUGCCUCUCACACGUACGUCAACUAGUCUUUUCUCAGCUUCCUUCUGGCCGACGACUAAGAUAUAGUUGUAUUGUGCCACUCGGGCUGCUGCAACCUUUUUGCUGAUGGUUCCAUCUGUGCUAUCAACAUCAACAUAGUACCGAGCACCAUGAAUCUGAUCCCGCAGCCAUUGUGCAUAGGGAAGAGAUUUCUGAGAGAGACAGGGCAGACAAUCGCUUGGCGAGGACUGAGCCAGAAUGGCCAUUUGCCUUUGUAAUGUUCUAAUAAUAUAGCAAACAUACGCUCAACUGAACCAAGGAUAGCCCUGUGAAUCAUCACUGGUCUCUCCCUGAUCUCAUCUUCAGUUGUGUAUGACAAGUCGAAUCGAGAAGGAAGUUGAAAAUCCAGCUGCAAUGUGGCACACUGAAAUUUCCUCCUCAUAGCAUCCUUAACACUGAUAUCAAUUUUGGGUCCAUAAAAGGCUCCAUCCCCUUCAUUUACCUCCCAUGGCUGGCCAAACUCGUUUAAUGCUUCUGUGAGAGCAGCUUCAGCCUUAUCCCAUGUUUCCAACUCCCCAACAAAUUUCUCCUCUGGCCUGGUAGAUAGCUACAACUCAAAAGUGAAGCCAAAGAUUUUAUAAACAUGGCUUAUAAAAUCCAACACACCCUUGACUUCAUCUCUUACUUGCGACUCUGUGCAAAAGAUGUGAGCAUCAUCCUGCUGAAAUCUCCUAACACGCGUCAAACCAGAGAGCGCGCCACUGGCCUCAUUGCAAUGCAGGACACCAAAAUCAGCCAAACGAAGAGGCAGUUCCCUGUAGGAACGAACUCUAUGUUUAAACAUCACACAAUGCCCCGGGCAAUUCAUUGGUUUUUGUCCAAAUUCCUGGUGUUCGAUCUCAAAGACAAAUAUAUUCUCCUUGUAAUUCUGAGCAUGGCCGGACUUCUCCCACAGCUCCAUGUUAAAAUUAUUUGGAGUCACCACCUCUUCAUAACCCCUAUCCCAAUACUCAUUUCGUAUAAACUCUAGCAGUUUGUUGUAAACUCGAGUCCCAUGUGGAAGGAAGAAACAACUUCCAGGACUAAGUGGAUGAAAAAAGAACAAUUCCUGCUUCUUGCCCAGCUCUCUGUGAUCAUAUCUCUUAGCCUCUUCCAAAUCAUCCUUGUAUUGCUUCAAGCGAUUCUGGUCCGGAAAAGCCACUCCAUAAACUCUCUGCAAGCUUUCACGACCUCGCUUUCCUUUCCAAUAAACCGAAGAAGCCAUCAAACAACAAAAAGCUUUCACAAAGGAUGUGUUGGGUAUAUGAGGCCCUCUACACAAAUCAACCAAAGGACCACAUCUGUAAACAGUAAUAGCUUCAUCUUCUGGUAAAUCAUUUAUGAUUUCCACCUUGAAUGGGUUAUCAGAGAACAUCUCAAGAGCUUGAUCCUUUGUAACCUCAAUGCGCUCAAAACGCUGUCUUUCCAAAACUGCUAUUUUCGCCCCGCGCUCAAUCCGUUCAAAGUGUUCCUGAUUCAGCCCCAAAUCACCAUAGAAAGCAUCAUAGUAAAAACCAUCAACUCCUCUUGAUGUGCAAGGACCAAUGCAAAGUUUGCAGCCAUAAAUCUGCUCCAGUGAUUGGCCAAGAAUGUGAGCACUAGAGUGCCAGAAUACAUCUCUUCCAUCAUCAUCAUCAAAAGUAAAGAACUUGAGCUCACAGUUCCCUUCCAAUGGCCUAUGCACAUCCCAGAGCACCCCGUUGACUCUACAAAUCAAUGAAUUCGAAGCCAAAUUCUUGGAAAUUCCCUUAGCAACAUCAAAGGGCGAAGUGUUCCACUUCUUGCCCUCUUUUAGUAUCCCAUCCGGCAACACAUUAAUCUUGAUUGUUUCAGAGGGCAGAGAAAGGCGGUGGAGUUUCUGCUCAUUCUGAAUGGUUUCGAAGAGGGAAAUACGUUUUGGGACAACGGAGCGGAGGUAAGCUUCAGCUUCCUCUUUGGAAUACUUUUUGCCGGCUAUGUUAGCCAUCUCUGUGUGACCGGAAAAUUAGAGGCCAGCCGCGGAAACCGUAGCCAGAAAAGUAAAGACAGCGUGGGAAAACAGACUAGAAAAAGAGAAGUCUUUGAAAGCUACAAAUGUUUUAAUAAGAGGGUUCUGAUUAUUCAUAAUCGAAAUAGGUCUACAAUUUUCCUAAAAUCAAAGACUUCUCUAUUUAUUACAACCAGGCUUCUUGUACCCUACGCUACAUAAGCAUCAUCAACAUUUCUACCAUUGUUUUUUUGAAGGCGGUAGUUUCAAUACUUAUAUUCAGUUACUUGAUUCACAAGGAAAGCAGGUAGUAGACGAGGCUCCUCCAAGGAAACUGACCGGGUCAUCAUAGUACAUAGCUAACAAAUACACUACGGUCAAAUUCAGCAUCAUGAUGUGGAGAAAAAUUGUGCCAUCUGACAGUUCUAAAGUGCGAAGUUAUUUACAUAUGUAGAAAAAAUCACAAACUAGCCACAAAGAUUUGGUGCCCAAACUUCCUUUUUGAAUGACUAAGAAAUUAGUGUCAAACAGUGUUGAUGGUGUCGGCCAGAGAACGGAGUAUGCAACCCAGGCCAGCCUUUUCGGUUAGUUUCUCAUGAAUCCGCAGACAUUGAUCACAUGUUGGACGAUCUCCAGUAGACAGACCUCUAUACAGAUAUCUGUGGAUCACAUGGGAUGGUAAGACAUCAUUGACAACAAAUGGUUUACACAGCGAAUAUGCGAUCAAACAUAUGCAUCUACAGAAAGGAGUUGACUAGUUGCAGCGUAAAGAACAGAAUUUCAAAUCAGAAUAUGAUUUAAAAAGCUACUCUCAGUAACAUACAUCUCUUCUCACUACAAGAGCAAUCUAAACAGAACCAUGCUGCAACCAGAAAUCAUCUCGAUACGAAGUCCUUAACAUACCUAGUACUAUGUACCAGACAAGAUACCUUCGCAAUAAUAUGUAAAUGCAACACCAAAAUGAUAAUUUAAAAUGGAAUAGGAAUCAGAAGACGCUGACUUUAACUCCAUUUCCCACCAGUAACCACCGCUGGAUGGCUGGAGUGCCCUAGCUAUUCAAUUUUUCCGCAAGGGCAACAAGUUUCAGUUACUGAAACUAUUUAGAAAUAUACUUUUCACUGCUUCUUCACAUCAUUCUAAUAAGAAUAGGUUUUGAGAAGAAGUUAAAUCAAGAACAAUGGGUGCAGAUUCAUCACAUUUUGCUAUGAUGUAAACCAUAACUGCACCAAUAAAAUGGUAGAUUCUUUCGCAUGAUCCAAAGAGAAGUUUUAGCUAUGAUAUAAACCAUGAUGUCUUUCCCUGUGCCGGAUGAUUAUCCAAGUGAGGAUCCUGUUUGAAAUCUAUAAUUUCAAUCUUGUAAUUCAUCACAUAGAAUUACUAAGAGGUACCUGGGAUGAAUUUACCCUAUCUUAUACAACACAUUAAAUGGCACAUCCUCCUCAAGCACCGGAAAGUUGAAAAAUUGUUGACAGAAUAAUAGAACUCUAGGCGAAUGAGGAGUUGGUUCAGUGGUUACACCACCCUUGCUCCAAGAGGAGGUCAUGAGUUCAAUCCCCCACUCUAACAAAAAGUAAGGGGUUGGCUCUCACCUUGGGUACCUCUAGGGGCUUGUUAUGGCUAACCCACUAAUGAAUCCCCAAUUUCGCACCCGAGCUUGUCACCCCGGGAAUGCCUAG